AUGCCUCCACGAACCGGCUCGUCAUUGUCGCCACUGACCGUUGGCGCCAAGUGGUGCGAUGCUCAACUGAGCAGAGCGUCACGAUCAUGUCCUGCUGCGCAAGUCUCUUGUCAGUUUUCCACAACGUCGCAGCAGCUCAGAAGGUCAAAGGCGCAGCACAGUCUCUACCGAUGGCUGAAGGAUCCUAAAGGCGGCAUGCUGUUUCGCGACGCUCCUCAGAAUGGUCCGAAAUACGUGGGAUCGCUGCCAGACCAGCCUUUUCCUCUGAACCCUCUUUUCAGAAGCCAGUCUGUGUUGAGCGAGGAACUCAGGGAAGAGAUUUACCAUCGAGUCAAGACGAGCAAACACUCGCUCAAGACGGUAUCAUCUUCUCUGGGUGUCGAUGUUCGCCGAGUUGCUGCGGUGGUGCGCAUGAAGGAGAUGGAGAAGCAAUGGGUUGCCGAGAAGAAGCAGCUAGCUACACCCUAUGCUAAAGCGGUUCUGGGCAUGCUUCCCCAGACCAUCUUGAGGAAGGAGGCUCAAAUUCCCCAUGAACCAAUCAAUGAGAUUCACGUACACAAGCUCACGAUGCAGCAACUAUUCGUCCCCGUGUCCGAGUCACGUCAAUUCAACAGAGAGGACGCGGCCAAGGCAUUCCACAGGAACAUGUUAUCCGCCGACCAGCGAUCACCUUUAAAGGAGCUUGUGACAAUGAGGAAAUCAAUAGACAGCGGCGUGAAGCCAGCUGAGGCGUUCGAGAAGUUUCAGGAGACAACUCGAGCUGAAGAAGACAGGCUCAUUGAGAAGGAGAGGCGGCGUCUGGAAAAGGCGGAGGAAGAAACGACACGCGUGGACACUGGUCGCUUUGAGUUCAGAUUCAAGGAGAUGAACGUCGAAGCCGCUGGCAAGGACGGCCGUGGCCGCAAGGCUGUGGGCUGGAGAUAUGGUGUGCCUUUCUAUGACCGCAAGAAGGGAGAGUUUAAGCUCCCCACAUCGGUACCAUGA